AGAUUGGACGAAGACGGCAAAGUUCUGUCACCAGAAGAAAUUCUGUACAGAGUAAGUGAAUUAAGAUUAUUUGGAUUGAUCUGUUAAGUUGUAUUAUUCUGAAUGUAUCGUAUACCCACCUUUACAAUUCUAAGGGGAGACAAUUAUGUAAAUGAAAUUACUGUUCUUCACUAGGAUGCUUAAAAUGUGUGCAAGUCCACACUGAGUGUAGCUCCAUUUGUGAACAGUUAUGCCCUCCCUACCAUGUCUUAAAAUAAUAAAACCCGCCUGAUCGCAGGUUACUGCUACUCGGGACCAGUUUUCUCUCUUUAAUACAGUCAAACCUUUGCUACCACCUCUCAUGGGCGACCACCAGUCCAAAACACCAAACUUCUCCCAGUCAAAUCACUACAGUUGGAACCUCUCUUGUCCUAACCUCUUGAAAGAGAUCACGUGAUGCAGGGUCUGAUCUCUUCGACGUAACGUUCCCUGAAUCUUAGACGCUACUCAGAGUAUACAGAGAACGUUUAGUUUCAACAUAGAAACUGCACAUAUCGUAAUUUACUGUUUCUUAUAGUAGAUUUGUUCGGACGUCUUCUUGGAAGAUACCCUGUGAGCAUGGUUCAUUCUCUUAAACGACCAGUUCCUGUAUUGUGACCUCUAGAUGAUCGCUUUUAGGGUAUUCGCUGCUGACGGGAAAUUUUACCGUAAAUUAAGGAAUUUAAGUUGCAGAUAAACUGGGGGAUUCAGCCGCUGAUGUCAACCUUACGAAAUAAGGAAGCUUAUUAUGUAUUUAAUUCGUAUUUUAGGCGGUUCAGUCAAUAAACAUGAGUCACGAUGCUGCAAAUUCACAAAUGGAUAUCAAGGUAAACUCAUCACUGAUCUGAAAAUAUAAGAAAAAGAAACAAAAUUUCAAUUACUGCAUCUAUCAAUCUGCGUUCUCAAUUGUGUGACUUACACUGCUUUUUUUUCUUUCAGUUUCGCUCCCUUAUAUGCUACGGCCUAAAGUAAGUGAACUACUAUGUAUUUCUUCGGCUGUUUAUAUAGUUUGCCUUCAAUACCUUAGCUUUUAACCGUUCGACCUAAAGUUGUUCCACAAGUGUUUUGAGACAAGGCAAGAUGGUUGAAUUUCAAUUAUUAUUGUUUCAAUCUUUUUAAUAGCGAACAAUGCCUUCAUCUCUGGCUGGAAACGCUAUGUGCAUGUGAAGAUAUCGUUGGAAAGUGGUACGUAACAUUGAUUCCUUCCCUUCUGUAGCUUUGAUCAUGACUGUUAAAUGAGAUGGAUACUUAUCUGUUGUGUGAGCUCGUUUAACCGCGGUUGGGGGGGAAGGGGUUAUUGAUCCCUUGCGCAAGGGGGUGGGAGUCACAAUUAUAAAUUCCUUGAAAAAAGACUGUGGACAGGCUAAGUGCCGUUGAUAUUCAGUUUUAAACACCGCUACCCUUUUGUGUCUGUUGCAACACCCUCUUAGUAGUGUUGGCUCAUCUUUUGCUAAGUUACGUGGCUGGUGGAUUACUCGUUACUGAUAUUCGCUGACCAUAAUGGCACUAAGAAGUGAAAAAAAAUACGAAGUAUAAAUGACCUUGUCUUGAAACGCUGUUGCGUGACGAACUUACUUGGAUAACCUGACAAAGGGCUAUCUUCUUCUCAUGAAUUCUAGGUACCAUCCAUGGUCGUUUCUGAGAAGUCCAGGAUGGGUACAAAUUAAGUGUGAACUCAGGUAAAAACCUUCACUUAUAAGUGAUGAGUAAUAAAUCUUAAUGAGUCCCUUGUUAGCUAGAACGCAACCCUAAAACCUCAUAUGCGUGCAUCAGAUCAGAAAAAAAAAUCGUUGUCGAUCCACAUGAAUUUAUUAGGAGUUGAAGUAAUCUGUCUUGCAGUACUUCUGUAAUUUGAAUUCCCCCGAAACGUUCACGUGCCCGUCGGGCAAGUCAAGGACAGAAUUCCCUGCCCCGAUUGCAAAAUUCAGUAGCCCCAGGUAAUCGGACACGAUAAGCUGAAAACUCGAGAUAGAUUUGUAAUAAAAUGUGAACUGGUUUUCGUCAUCGAUUUUCAAUGACAUUUCCUUCGUCCUUCAGAACUCUCGCUUCCUUUGCUUUUAAUCUCAACAUCGACUGGGAGCUGACUGGGGAACACAAGACUGUAAGUAUCUUAGAAUACCCGGGAUGAGUGGGGAAAAAUUUUCUUGUAUAAGGGUAAAGACGAGAAGUGGAAGAGUAUUCUGACUGUAUACCCUACUGGUCAAUAGAUGUCCUUCAAACAAGCUCUCAGUGCAAGGGAUUUUAAGAGGUGGGAGAAAUGAAACAUUGUUCUUACUAAUAGUUUCUCUCGUGACUAACCAACUCUCACUACCGCGUAUCUAGUGAAUAACAGUGUCUUUUUAACUAAUUUCAUCUGGUUCGCUGAUAACUUACACUUCUACAAGGGACCCGAUUUGUGUUUUCUGUUCUCUUGCGCUGUGUCUGCAUUACACGCCAGUGCUCGCUAGUUUGGUAUAACCGUCUGGCCUUACAUUCAAGAAACACCGAUUAGUUUUCUGAAAUGUUUAGAAUGCUCACCUUAUAAGGGGUUUGUGUGUAAUAUGAAUGGUGUUGGGAACGCAAAAAUUAAUUUGUUUUGGUUAAAGACAAGGAUUUACAGAUGCCGGCUACCUUGUUAUAACCGUCUAGCCUUACAUUGAAGAAACACAUACCAGUUUAUAUGUUAAAAGUGCUCGUCUUAUAGGGGUUUUGUGUUUAAUGAGUGUUGAAAGGAGCAAUUAACUUUCUUUUUUGCUAAAGAUAGAGGUUUACAGGUGCUUUUAUUUAUGAUAGAGAAUUGUUCAGAGUCAGUGUGGAUAGGCAGAGCAUGCAUGAUAUCUGCGUCAUUCCCACGUGAUAUUGUAAAGAUGUUUGCAUUGAGAUACUGUGCAUAUCUUAUGGCUGUAAGGGUAAUUAGGCUUAAAUAUUAAACUGUGUGUUUCAUAGCAGGUUGUAGAUGGGUACGUCAGUCAAAAGAAGUUCCAGGUUAGAUAUUGGUUUUAUUGUCUACAUUUGGCUUUGUACAGCAGAUAUUUCACUUACUAAGCACUAUAAAGAGGUGUUUUUAAGUGGAAGAUGUAUAAUUUAUGUCGUACUUUUGUGGCGCUUUUCGCGUUUUUUUGCACGUUCGUCCUUGUCAUUCAAGUUUCCCCGUGCUAGAUUACGGAAAAGACCACGCAUGAUGAUUCGAGUAAUACUCUUGAAGUAGCCAAGACCAAUGCUCAUCUUUGGAGAAAAAUGGAGUCCAAAAACUGA